AUGGCCGCUCAAGGCACCUGUUCGACCUCUCCAUCCAACGUGUCUCCCACAUCUGUGUCGCCGCCAGGACCGCCGCCGACCCCGCCCCCGACCUCGACUGCGAUCUCAAAGUUCCCCCCGGAGUCAAAGGCGAGCUCUCUCAGCCCACUGCCUCGCUCGACCUGCCGCGAGGACUUGUUGCCCCUCGCAGUGUUUUAUGGGCCGCUGGACGCUAAAAACCCACUCCUGGCCUCCUGUGAGAAGGAGAUCCAGGAGUUGCUAGGCUUUAUGAAGAGAAAGAAGGCUUUAGCUACAACGGAGGAACAGGAGCAUGAGUUCCACCGGCGUUGUGCCACCUCUUUGUUUAAUAUCUGGACCAAAUACGCCCCCCGGCUGCCAGCUGCCUAUUUCAACGAAAAGCUUCUGAAGGUUGGAGAUAGACUUUGUGAAAUGAAAGAAUAUAAAUUGGCCCUUUUACAGUGCUAUGGGAGAUAUCUUCAGCAGUUCAGCAUCAACUUUGACGAGAAUAAAGCAGAUGUGAACCAAUUCAAAAGCGUCUUUUUUCCAAAAGGCUUUGAAGACAAAAGUGCUGCGCAUACGUUUCAUGCUUUAAGUGGCAGAAAUAUUUGCAACUACCAGCUGGUCUGUGACAGUGACAUGAACCUGCAGAAUAAAGAAUCUGUGGCCCGGUGUCUGCAUAUCUUGUCCUCCUUAAGGCUCAUCAUGCAGGUGGCUUUGCCACAGGAGCAACUUUGCUGGAUUAUAUUCAAUGGUACCAUUUACAUUUACACCAUUUGCAGAAAACUGAUGAUCAUAGGUCACUCUUCUAAGGCCUUGGAAUAUCUCCUGUGGGCCAGUAUAUGUAUGGAAUCCUCGGUCCCACUUCUGUCCAUCAGGUACUUGACGUGGAGAGCUACUCUUUACACCGCUGUCUGCCAAUGCUACUAUGACUGCCAGGCUGGUAUUCACGGAGAGGCAUUUGCUCGGCGUGCUUUGGCUAAAAUUGACGAGUUAAGGCAACUGGAAUUAAUGAGUUCCUCACAAUCACAGGAAGAAUCCAGAGGAUAUUAUAGAGAGGCCACGAUAAAGAUGGCAGUCAUGAUCUUCAAAAGGGGAGUAUUCGAAUCUAGAAGAAAAAACAAAAGUUUCUUUAGACCAAAGAUAAGAGUUAACCUAAGGGAAGCACAAACUUUGCCGUGGCCACGUACUGUCACAGAACAGUUGUUGGAUGAGAUGUUUGAUAGCACUGCAUCCCGGUUUCUGGCUGUCUUGGAGGCUCUCUCUGACUCCAGUCGGCGAACACUACAAACUGGACCUGUUGCUACAGAUGAAGUAGAAGUUCGUGAUGUUGUCUCAGAACUGUUUAUAGCAGGAAAAGAACUUUUAAUAAUGUCAAAUACCAGUGCAGAUGGCAUGCUUGAUUUUCCAAAGUCUUCUCUUUUGGAACUUAUUAUAAGAAGGAAAAAUGUUAUUUCUGUGGAUGCUGCUGUAAAAUUUAUAAAACUAGCUUUUACUUAUGAGGAAUGGAGUUUAUUUGAAUCUGCAGCUGGGCAGCUUAUUGAUUUUCUCCAGAGGCAGGAUGAUCCAGAGUCAAAGAAAGCAGAGAAAGAUUUAAUUCUUCUCAUUGCAAUAGAACCUUUAAUCAACGUAAAGAGAAACAAAGGUUUGAUCUUUCCCCUCGAAAACUACAAAGGAGGUCAAGUUUAUGGUAAAAAAAUUGCUCUUCAUGAUACUUCUGUGAAGACUUGUGGAUAUUCAGAAGACAUUUUCCAUUUGGCGGCAACCUUGUAUUCCUGUGUCUGUGGCUCUCCACAGAAUGCUCAGCCUGAUAAAGAAAUCGUUGUGGACGUGAUAAUGUUCCUAUGGCAGAAGUGCAAAGUAGGAAUUCAGCGGGUCAAUGUGUCUGGAAAUGACUAUGCAAAAUUCACCCAGAAAAUCAGUACUAAUAAAUGGGUUUAUCUUCUGUGGCAGAUAAAUGAAAUAAUUCACUGCUAUAAAAUGGAAGACAUUGAUGUUGUGGUGGUGGCAGAGGUCGCGUUACGAUUAAGUGAAAUAUUGGAGUCUUUAGGAAACCCAAGAAAAAAACCUGAGGAACAGUUAUUUUUGGCCUAUGAACUUCUUGAAAAAGCCAUUGGUGGAAUAAAUUUGAAUUGCAUGUUAACUGCUUUGCCAAAUGGAUCAUCAGUGGUUGACCAUUGCUAUGCCACGCACACCCACGGUAUAGAUGGAGACACGUGCAAACCAGUCACACCAAAUAGUUUCAUAAUGGAUUUGCAUCUUGAACUAAUUCAAGCCCAGCACCGAAUGGCCGUUGUGCUUCUUGACCAAUUGCAAGUUUUGCAGACUCCAACUGUUAGCAAAAAUAUGUCUACCAAAGGUCCAGGAAAGCCAAAAAAACCUGGAAGUCCUGAUUGUUUUACAGAAUUAAGUGUAAUGAAUAAAAUAAGGAAGAAUAAGCUAUCCAAAGCAAUUUACUUGAUGCAGAAAACCCUUCUAAUGUUUGAGAAAGAUGCAACCUGUACAUCUCUACAUAACUUCUUGAUG